GGGCACCAUGCUCCCGCCCAGACUGGGAGACUGGCCCUAGACCUGCACCAUCACACAGCUCUAUCCCCACCUGCCGGACCCCAGGGUCCCGCCCCGGGCCCCGGAGGUCAGCGGGGGAAUCAUUAACAAGAGGCCGUGACAUGGCGGAGAAGGAGGGUGGCCGGACUGUGCCAUGCUGCUCUGGAUCCAAGGUGGCGGCUCUAAUCGCGGGGACUCUGCUGCUGCUCGUGGGCAUCGGGGCUGCAUCUUGGGCCAUUGUGACCGUUCUGCUCAAGAGUGACCAGGAGCCGCUGUAUCCAGUGCAGGUCAGCCCAGUGGAUGCCCGGCUCACUGUGUUUGACGAGACAGAAGGCACGUGGCGGCUGCUGUGCUCCUCGCGCUCCAACGCCAGAGUGGCUGGGCUUGGCUGUGAGGAAAUGGGCUUCCUCAGGGCACUGGCCCACUCGGAGCUCGACGUGCGGACAGCAGGUGCCAAUGGCACACUGGGCUUCUUCUGUGUGGAUGAGGGAAGGCUGCCCCAUGCCCGAAGGCUGCUUGAGGUCAUCUCUGUGUGUGACUGUCCCAGGGGUCGUUUCUUGGCAACCAUCUGCCAAGACUGUGGCCGCAGGAAGCUGCCUGUUGACCGCAUUGUUGGAGGCCAGGACACCAGCCUGGGGAGGUGGCCGUGGCAAGUCAGUCUGCGCUAUGAUGGGGCACACCUCUGUGGGGGGUCCCUACUGUCCAGAGACUGGGUGCUGACGGCUGCCCACUGCUUCCCGGAACGGAACCGGAUUCUGUCCAGAUGGAGGGUGUUUGCCGGUGCCGUGGCCCAGACCUCGCCCCACGGGCUGCAGCAGGGGGUCCAGGCGGUCAUCUACCAUGGGGGCUACCUCCCCUUCCUUGACUCCAACAGCGAGGAGAACAGCAACGACAUUGCUCUCGUCCACCUUUCCAGCCCGCUGCCCCUCACAGAAUUCAUCCAGCCUGUGUGCCUCCCAGCUGCUGGCCAGGCCCUGGUAGAUGGCAAGAUGUGCACCGUGACGGGCUGGGGCAACACUCAGUACUAUGGCCAACAGGCUGGGGUGCUCCAGGAGGCUCGAGUUCCCAUAAUCAGCCAUGAGGUCUGCAACAGCCCUGACUUCUAUGGGAAUCAGAUCAAGCCCAAGAUGUUCUGUGCUGGCUACCCCGAGGGUGGCAUUGACGCCUGCCAGGGUGACAGUGGCGGUCCCUUCGUAUGUGAGGACAGCAUCUCUAGGACACCACGGUGGCGCUUGUGUGGCAUUGUGAGCUGGGGCACCGGCUGUGCCCUGGCCCAAAAGCCAGGUGUCUAUACGAAGGUCAAUGACUUCCGAGAGUGGAUCUUCCAUGCCAUAAAGACUCACUCUGAAGCCAGUGGCAUGGUGACCCAGCUCUGACCUGUGACUUCUCACCACCCACGCCUCCAGGACUCAAGUUGAUCUGUGUGGCUCCAGCUCUGCCCCUGCUGGGCCUGGGAAGGAACCCUUCUUCUGGGGCCCAGCCCACAGGUCCACCAGUAUCCUCCCUCCAGGGCCCUUUGUUCCACAGUGGCGGGCCCACUCGUCCCUGGGACCACUCACCCUCCUGACGCCCAUGUAAAUAUUUUCCAGCCAUCUGGGGACCCUGGGUAGCUGCCCCUGGCUACAAGAUGCUCUUUAAAUAAUAAAGGUGGUUUUGAUUAA